GUAAGCAUUAUCAGUUGUCAAGUACUUCUUCCAUGCGACGGUCAAAAAACCUUCGUGCGACGUUCAUCUUGUCUGUUGAAAAGGUAAAUACUUCGUCGAUGCUAUUUAUAACUUUGAACAACAACAAUAAUCUAUCGUCGACACUAUAGCUAGUCAAAAUUCACCUUCUUUGUUCUUCGCAAGAUCCCCAAAAUAAGUCGUGAAUCAAAUAAUACCUUUGCUUUGUCUUCGCCCAUUCACACAAGUCCAGCUCCAACCUCAAGUUCUUUGAUAAAACAGGUCAAGUCUAGUCAAAAUGGCUUUUGUAACUGCCAUUAGCGGAAACUAUGGUCAUUCAUGGCUUCAAAUUUAAGAAUACUACAUUUUCAUGCAAUACUACAACCCCACACAAUAUGGCGACCCUGAAUUACUCUUUACAGGUCAACAACGCGGUCUCGGACGCAGCUGGUAUCUUAGCAUCUGCGCCUCCUAACUAUGUCAUUUCGGUCGAUACUGUUACUAUUUCACCAUCGACUGGAAGUAAUCUUGCUCCUCCUAAGAGUUCAGUAACUCAAUCACCAUCAAACUCGUUUCCAGAUCCUAAUGUCCUUGUUAUUACUACCUUCUCAACAACAACCAUUCCAUAUGUAGAUCCGGUCACCCAAGUUCCUACUCUGUCUUCAGUUCAAGCAACAACCGAACAUGUCGCUCCUGGCACUUCAUCUACUUCCGUCUUGUUCGGCUUUCCCGUAGCCUCUGCGGUACCAUCAAGUGCUACAAACAUCAUCCCUUCUUCUACAAUACUUUCAAAUAUCAUACCUACAUCUUUAACGACAAAUCCAACUCUUACACCGUCGUACAUAGUUCCCACCACUCUAGAAACAUCAUCUUCCACCCCUUCACCACAAUCAACACAAGCACCUGCCUCUCUCACAUCCACCACGCCACUCCCCACCAACUCUAACACUUCAACCAGCCACCUCGGAGCCUACAUUGGUGGUGCUGUCGGUGGUGCCGCGGUCAUCAUACUUUUUCUCCUCGCCAUCUUCUGUCUUGCCCGCCGUCGCAAACGUAGAUCCCCUAAACACCAUCCCGAUCGCCCUGCUUUCAUCGGCGGCUAUGAAUUAAAAUUAGAUAAAGUAGGAGAUUUACAACGCGUUGUACAUGAGAAGAUAAUCAGAAGAAACACAUUUGAAGCAUGGAAGAGUGGUGUUGUGCCUGGUCUUAAGCAAGACGUAGAUGGCAUGGCUGGUGAAAGCGAAAUUAGUAUUAGUGGUGGAACCCCCCAGACUGGAUAUUCCAGUCCGCUAGGAGAUGUUCCGGAAGGUGUGAUUUCCCGGGACCCAGAUCAGGAGGGAAGAGAAUUCGGAGGAGAGGAACGGAGUGAAGUUGGAGAUGAUGAAGAUGGAUAUGCGGUCUCGCCAAUGGAGGAGGAGCAGACACCUUCGAGACCUGUAUCUGGCAUCAGUCCUUUGAUAUUCGAAUGGGAAAAUAGAACAAACCAGAGAGUAGAUUCAAAUACUGGUAUGAUUGGGCUGGCAAUAUAGAUUUACGGGAUUUGCAUCAGAUGUGGAAUACACGAAGAGAAACACAUAGACCGAGUGUACAUACUACUAUUGAUAUAUUAGAUACAGUUAGCAACAUCAAUUUAACGCAGACGACCUUGAAAUCUAAAGAUAAAAAUCCAUCUACGUACUCUCGCAACAGUAGUGAGCUCCAUCCACAUUCCCAACCCAUGUCACUGUUGCACUCUGGCUCAUUUAAUUCAAUAUGAUUAUAUAUUUUAAUUGCAUGGGAAAUCCCAACAAACAACACAAUCUCAAGCGGCUUUAGCUCACUUGGGAGAGCGCCAGACUGAAGUCCACUUCAGGAACCCAAUAGAUCUCAUCUGUUUAUCUGGAGGCACUGUGUUCGAUCCACAGAAGCCGCAUUCUGCGAGUCGGGGACCACCUCGACUGACAUUCUCUUUUUGCCAAUUCUGAUUAUGAUUCUGAUGACGAUGUUUAAAAUACCA